AUGCGAGAAGAUGCUCUUCAACUUGAUCUAGUCGGUCCUGAAUUUAUAUGGAUAUUAAGUUCAACUAUUUCAUUAGAUUCAUUUAAUAAAAAAUCUUAUGAAAAAUUAAUUCGAUUAUUAACUAUUGAACCAAUUGCAGGAACUUUUGUUAAUGCAUCAAUAAAUAGAACAUUAUUAAAUGCGACAUAUCAUAUUUGGCAGAAAUGUGAAAUUGAAUCAUAUCUUAAAUCAUCAAAAGUAAAUUCUUUUGCAUUAUUUGCAUUUGAUGCUACAUCGUCAUUAAUUAAAUCAUUAGAAAAAUUUUGUUCAACAAUUAAAAAUAAUUCUUCAUCUUCAUGUUUAGCAUUUAUUAAAUCUUCAUUUUGUUUUGAUCGUCGUUUUGUUCAAUCUGAUUUAUUAUUGAAUUCAAUAAAUCAAACUGAAUUUCUUGGUGUAUCUGGUCCAAUAAAAUUUCAUUUAAAUCAUCUUACAGAUCGAAUCAAUGGUUCAUAUUAUUAUGUACAAAAUCUACAAUCAUCUUCAAAUGGUUUAAAUUGUAUUCCAGUAUUAGCAUAUACUGAUAACUAUUCAUUAAUUAUUCCAACUGAUCGAACAAUAUUUAAAGGUAAACGUUUACGAAUCGGUAAAAUUAAAUCGAUUCCAUUUGUAGUAAUAACAAAUUAUACUGAUAAUUUUGGACAAAAUAAAACAAAAUACACUGGUUAUAUAUGUGAUCUUAUUGAACUUUUAAAAAAUAAAAUACGAUUUAUUCCUGAUAUUCAACUACUGCAAUCAAAUAAACCUUAUUCAGAAUCAAUUGAAGCUGUAGCUAAAGGUGGAAUUAUAGCUCGAAGAACAUCUAAUGUUAAUAUUGAUCUUUUAUCAUUUUUAAUAUCAUUUUCAAGUCAACUCUGGUUAUUAGUCUUUGGUAUUUGUAUUUAUGUUGCUUUUUUACUUUGUUUUAUUGAAAGACAAGAUAAUGGUAUAUUACAAAAUCGAUCGAUAUUACUUCAAUUUCUAAUGAGUGUUCGGUAUUCUUUUGGUAACAUUGUUGGAUAUGGUGUUGACUUUAACGUUAAUACAGCUGCUGGUUUAUAUGUGUUAAGUUUAAUAUUAUUAGCAACAUAUACUGUAAAUUUAACAUCUGAUCUAACAAUAUCAAAAUCAAAUAUUAUUUCGGGAAUUGAUGAUAUCGAAAAUUGA